GUUCCGGGGGAAGCGGAGCCGCCUGGACCUGCCUGAUCUCCCGCCUGCCUUCUCCUUGGGAGCCAUGGAAAAAAAUUUAAAAGGAGCAGCGAUUGGAGCCGCUGUGGGAGCAGGAGUGGCACUCGUUGGAAUCCCGGUGGCCAUCGGUGCAUUGGGCUUCACAGCCACCGGCAUCACCCCUGGGUCGGUGGCUGCCAAGAUGAUGUCGGCAUCUGCCAUCGCCAAUGGUGGAGGAGUGGCCAAGGGCAGCACCGUGGCCGUGCUGCAGUCCAUCGGAGCUGCAGGUCUCUCUCCUGCUACCAAAAUCGGGCUGACAACUGCGCUGGGGUCACUUGGUGCAGCGGUCGGUGCCAUGCUGUCAAGGUCAGAUGACUCAUCUGACAGUAGCGACGAUGAUGAUCCUAAGGGAGGCCAAAGCUCGGGCCAGCCCCGGGCCAGACCGGGUGGGAAGGGGCAGCCCCGGUUCCAGCGACGAUCCCGGGAGCAGCGGGCAGCAGGAUGGAUGGGCAGGAAUGGCAGGAGUGUGGGGUGCACCCCAGGGGUCUCCCCUUCACUCAACUUCUCCCAGCCUGGCCAGCAGGGUGACUCCCCUCGCCUGCCAUCUCCCAGGGGGGCUGGGGCGGUGUGUUUGGCUGCAAAUGGGGAGAUCUACUACCCUGCCGAGCACCGGGAAAGCCCCUCCUGCCGGUGCCCUGCCUGCACUCCUGCCCGCAUUCUUUAUUCCAAGGAAUGAAAAAUAAAUGCAAAGUGAUUCGAGUC